GUCCAAAAGGCUGGCAAGUGGCAACGUCUCCUUUUUGAAUCUUCAAAUACUGACAAUUAAGAGAAAGAAAAAGAGAACUCCAUGAUAAAUUAUACUUUUAUUUUAAUUCAUUGCUUUCUGUAACCUUUUUUCUCGUGGAUUGCCCACUACAUCGACAUUUGUAAUGCAAUCAAAAGCCAGACUUGCCGACUAACUAUUUGGUAAAAACAAGCUUGUUUUUUUACUUUUCUUUCUUCGUGGGUAGGCAGCAACAAGGCCUUUGUUUCCUAUAUUGAGCAGCUUCAGGGAAGUCAUUUCUACAGCUUAUAAUAGUCUAGGUUUUCAGAAGAUCUGUCAGUAAUCAAGUCAAAGAUUUUGCAUUUGUUUGUGACGAAACCAUGAAGAUGAUGAGGUUCAAAUUGGUUUAGCAUUCUAGACUUGGACUUAACCAGUGGCAUGCAUAUCCGUGUAAGAUUGCCCAUUUUCAGGAUUACAAGUUCCAAGGUACAGAAAUUUAUGAAAGUUUAAGCUUUAUGUUAAAAUGGUUUUAAAUAGUGAUGGAGGUGGCGUAGCAUAUGUUAAAGAAGAUUACCCUGUGAAUGUGACUGAAAAUGGUCUUAAAGAUCAUAAUGGCAAGGAUGCUGCUCUUGACAUUUCAACUUCUCGAAAGGCACUGUUGGGUGAUAACAAUGGUAGUAUGGAGAGUCAAAAUAAGUUGAAAACAAUUCCUACUAGAUUAAGUAUUCUGAGACUCAGUUCUGAUGGCAGUUUACCUUCUCCAUCAGCUAAAUUCAGGAAGAUUGCGGAGGAAAGAGAUGAGAUAUCACGGUCAGUGCCUUCUUCCACUGGCCAUGGGUUCCGAGAGCGCUUCAAUGGAUUUGUGGCUCAGAAAAUUGAUUGGGCGUCUUUGUGGAACAUUGGCAGAAAUUGGAUCAAGAAUCCCCUUAAUAUGGCACUACUUUUAUGGAUUAGUUGUGUUGCAGUCUCAGGAGCAAUUCUUUUUCUAGUAAUGACAGGAAUGUUAAACCAUGCACUUACAAAGAAAUCACAGAGAGAUGCGUGGUUUGAGGUGAAUAAUCAAAUCCUCAAUGCUCUCUUUACUCUUAUGUGCCUGUACCAACACCCGAAACGGUUCCAUCACCUUGUGCUUCUAUGCAGGUGGACACCAAAGGACAUAAUAACACUCAGAAAUAUUUACUGCAAAAAUGGCACUUACAAACCGCAUGAAUGGGCUCAUAUGAUGGUGGUUGUUGUUCUACUUCAUAUAAAUUGCUUUGCUCAGUAUGCUCUGUGCAGCCUCAAUUUGGGAUACAAAAGAUCCGAACGACCUGCUAUUGGUGUCGGUAUCUGCAUUUCCAUUGCAAUUGCUGCUCCGGCGAUAGCAGGUGUUUAUUCUAUUAUUAGCCCCCUUGGCAAGGAGUACUCCGAAUUUGAUGAAGAAGCGCAGGAUAAAACUCUCAUCAGCAACAGUAGUCAUUCUAGCCACCGUAUGUCACUGGAGAAGAGAUUCUCAUUUGCAUCAAGAAAUGAACAGAGGAUCGUCGAGCAUGCACCUUUAUGGAAAGGGGGAUUGCUUGACAUUUGGGAAAAUAUUACUGUAGCGUAUCUCUCUCUUUUUUGUAGUUUUUGUGUGUUUGGAUGGAACAUGGAAAGACUUGGGUUUGGGAACAUGUACGUUCAUAUUGCCACUUUCCUCCUCCUUUGCAUUGCUCCUUUUUGGAUCUUCAACUUGGCUGCCAUCAACAUUGACAAUGAGACUGUCAGGGGGGCUCUAGGAUUAACUGGUGUAGUCCUGUGUUUGUUGGGUCUACUCUAUGGUGGCUUCUGGAGGAUCCAAAUGAGAAAAAGAUUCAAUCUGCCGGCAAAUAAUGCUUGUUGUGGAAAACCAGCUAUGGCUGAUUGCACUCAAUGGCUCUUCUGUUGUUGGUGUUCUCUUGCACAGGAAGUUCGGACAGCCGACUUCUAUGAUAUUGUGGAGAAAAAGUUUUGCAGGAAAGAAGCAGAUGUAAAUAACCAGCCUGCACUCUCCCCCUUGCCCCAUGAUGGAGUAAUUCAGUUUAGAUAUAACCCAACAUCUUCAAAUAUGAACAGCUCUAGGCUUUCUAAAGUCGGGGCUGAUUAUUCUCCAAGUCCAACUAGAUUUUCAGAAGAUAAUUAUACUCCAGGAAAGGAACUUCCUAAGUUGGAGAACGAGUUUUCUACAAAAGAUGCUGACAAUUUUAUGAAGCCACCUGAAUUAUCAUCAAUACACAGAGAAGAAAUUACCAACUAAAACUGGAUAGCAAUAUAAAGUAUUUGCGGAGAACUACCAAGUACUUCAGCUUUCAGUUCUGAUAAACCUACAAAAUGUGAUUCAGUUUUUCUUAUGCAUCCACAUGCUCCCACGUAGCUUGUAUAUUUCAGUUGUAUUUUGAUGAGUCCAUCUUUUUCUGCUUAGUUUUAUUUUAUAAAUGUAAUCAGACACUGGCAAAAUUCUUUUUACAUUGUAUAUUUUUUGCCUUAUCACUUUGAUACCAUGUCUUGGACAUGGAUGUGAGGUAUCACUAGUGAGUUGCAACAGCAGUAUUGGUUCUUUUGUUCUCCCGGAUAUGCAGAAUGUCCUCAUUGUGAA